GACUGCACACUUUAGAGGAAGUGCUGGCACAAGAAGCCUGCACAGACAGAAGGAGGUGUUAAUGCUCAUGCCUGCCUACUCCACAAUAAAAAGAGAACGUGCAAAGGAGACAUAACGAGGAAUUGCAUUAAACAUGGGUGUGACCAGUGGAAGGUCUUUAUACAGAUGGACAAUUGAUUGCAUAUUGUUCUUCACUUUCACUAGCUGUGGGCUCUGGCUUCAUGUGGAUACUUGGACUUACCAUGCUGGUCAAUCAGACUUGUCAUGGGAAAAGGCAAGGGAGUUUUGCAAAACCUACUAUACUGACUUGGUGGCAAUCCAAAAUAAAGAAGAAAUUGCUCAUCUCAAUGCUAACUUCAAAUUCGUUCCAUCAUACUACUGGAUUGGGAUCAGGAAGAUUAACAAUGUUUGGACUUGGGUUGGAACCAACAAAACCCUGACGAAGGAGGCAGAGAACUGGGCGAAGAAGGAGCCCAACAACAGGCGUUCUGAUGAGGACUGUGUUGAGAUUUACAUUAAGAGGCCCAUUGAGUCUGGCAAGUGGAAUGAUGAGCGCUGUAGUAGAAAAAAGCGAGCCCUCUGCUACCAAGCUUCCUGUCAGUCUUUCUCCUGCAGCCAGUGUGGCGACUGUGUGGAGACCAUUGGAAAUUACACCUGCCAGUGUUAUCCUGGCUUCUUUGGGCCUGAGUGUGAAUAUGUUAUUGAAUGCCCAAAGUUGGAUGCCCCUGAGAAUGGAGGAUUGAACUGCUCUCACCCUCAUGGAGACUUUGCGUACAACUCCAGCUGCACCUUCUCCUGCGAUACGGGGUUUGUGCGCGCCGGAAAGGAAAAGCUUCAGUGCACGGCCCUGGGAGUGUGGACGGAGAAACCGCCCUCCUGUGAAGGUGAAUAUUGACCAUUUCACCAAAUCUGUGACCAUGGAAAACCUGAUGGAGCCAUCUGUGAGCACUUUUGACCUGGCCCAGAAGAGAAUCUUCACACUGAUGGAGAAGGAUUCCCUGCCCAGAUUUGUGCGCUCCAAUAUAUAUCUGGAGUUAAUCAAGUAGCAAUUUGGCAGAGCUGUGCAAGGCAUUGGCACUUCCCUCCUUAAGGGUCAUUGCUUACUCUGUCUGUAAUCAGUAUUUAUCUUGGUAGUUGCUUUGCUUCAUAUGUAUUCCAAGUUGUUAAAGGCUGUGUUGCUAAAGUCCUGUCCACACUGCUUUGGGGUAUCUGUUGCUCCAAAUGUUUCCCUUUUACCAUUUUCUCCCCAUUUCUGCUCCCCACUCAUUAACAUCACUGUUACAGAAAGGGUUUACAUGGGUGUCCUUGGAAGUGAUUUUAGACUCAUAGCUAGAAUGCGGCAGAUGUUUACACAUAGAUGGCCAUCCAGUCUCAAGCAGGCUCUAGAUUCUUCUGUCCCUUUGAACUGAGCAGCCCAGAUUGAUGAACAUUCUAGGAUACACAUAUCUGUUUGAACCAUCUGUCCUAAGAGAAUUAGAGUUUUGAACCUGCAGUUAUCAUCCCAUUAUUACAUGCCAAGCACUGGCUGAAUGGACACAUAAGCAAAGAUAAAGGAGGUUGUGAUGUUUCUUUAAAAGGUAAAGUGCUCUAUAGAAUAAAGGGUCAGACUCACAUAUGUGAUCCUACUAUCUCUUGUAGCCAUGUGGACAGUCAAGACAACAUGAGAGCCCAAUUCAAUGUGACUUUAAACAUGUUGGUUGAACCCCGAGUGUUUGGUUUUCAUAAGCAGCCAGCAUAGGACCUUUUCAUCAGAAGGUGCCUUUGGGAAAGGAAGAUUUAGAUGUUCCCCCACCAAAGUCCUGAUCUGGAACACCCUCCCAGGGCCUGUUAUUUCACCCAAGAGGGAAACCAUUGCUGCCAACACAGCAGCUUCCCUCCAAAGAUUCGUAGCAGCUGCAGAACCUUCCGAUCUGGAUUGGGACUGCAGCAGGCAAAAGGUUAAAUCCCCUCCCCAACACUACACCCCUGAUAUGUAUUCCAUAUACCCCCUGCUUGGUUCUAUUCUUUAAAAAAAAACUUAGACCUGUUUAAAGUUACAUUUAGUUUGGCCCUCACCUAUAAGCGUUAAAAGGAUGUGUCUCAGCCCAUAGGUACCAUUUGCUUCUAACGGAGGUCUGUUCACACACUACCAUGUCAACACUGGGGCGGUUCCAAUGAACAAUGGCUCCAUAGCAGCCCUAGAUGUGAUAAUGUCAGGGCUGCUGGCACGAAUGCACCCUUGCCCCCCGACAUCACUCAAGGAUGUGCCAAUGCGACUGUGACAUGUCCUUCAAUUGCAUGUGAAGGGUGCCCCUCACACACAAUUAAAGAACAUGCCGUGGGUUGGCACAUCCUUGAGUGACACUGGGAUGGGUGUGCGCGUGCUAGCGGCCCUGCUGUUAUCACAUGUAGGGAUGCUCUGGGGCUGUUUUUCAAAUGAACCAACGCAUUUUAACUUUUGAAAAGGUAGUUUUCCUACAGCAGUUUCUUCUGGCAAAUAUGUUGUUUGAAUACACCCUUGUUAAAGUGAAGGUAGGCAUUUUCCAUACCAUAGUGAACUAAUGAAUACUAAUCUUCAAUACCAGGAAGUUUCUCAAGUUCUCGGUCGCUUGAUGGGUCAUGUGUUGUGCAGACCUCCUCUGCUGUAAAGAAGGCCAAAGAGACACGGGUCAUUUUUCAGACAGUGGCUGAUGAUUCUCUGGCAUAUUGUGCUGGAGUUAAGAGAAGGGAUUUGCAAUGAUGCCAUCUAGCAGUGACUAACACAUUUCCAUUUGAAGAGAGAAGUUAAUCCAUUCAUUCCCACCCAAACAGUGUGACUUAUUUAGCAAUCCAGGCCUCAUAUCUGCUUUCAUUUCCUGCAUUAGAUGUUUCGGGACAAUAAUUUCCAUAAUGGCCCUACAUAGCCUCCAGUGCCUUUGCACAGCCUCAUGUAAUACUCUCUUCACAGUUGUGUGUGUGAUUAAAAUACUUGUGGUGAAGUUUUGUCCUCUUAACUCUCUCUGUAGCAGGUCUCCUAAAAUGAUAUUUCAGCCCGUGCCUUUAGCUUCCUGAUGAAAAGGUUACUGGAAUACAUGUAAUACCAUCUUCUAGGAAUUUCUUCCUGGGUAGAGUACAUCGAAAUGAAUGGGAAAUGCUCCUGAAUGCAUGCAUAGUCCCAGUGAAAUAUGCCAAAUAGCAUGAACUGGAUAUUCAGCAGGGGAGAGGGACACACAUCCAGUUCCCCAUCUCAAACAGAUGAUCAGUGCUCUUCAGAGUAACUAGCCAGGGGCUACAGACGAGUGAGAGACCUGGCUGGUGGAUCCAGUUGGUGGAGAAUUGUGCAUGCAUUCAGCAUCUGUUUGUGUGUGCACAGGGCUGCUAUUUGGAUCGUGGUGCAUGAGCAGAAGGACAGCAAGGCCGUAUGGUUUGCUCUUUUGUCCAGCACUAUGUUGGAACUUGGCAUGGUUAUCUGCAGUGCUCUCAGGGCUGUCCUUAGGGCAUGGUGAGGAGGGCGGCUGCCCUGGGCCCUGCUCUUUUAACCCCCAUUAGAAUUAACUGGAGGGGGGCCCCACACUGGCUGAUUUGCCCCGGGCCCCACACCCCGCCAGGGCUCUCUAAGGACAGCCCUGAGUGCUCUCAUCCCACUUUGGUCUGCUCUUGUCAGCUGAGCUGCUUCAAGUACAGGGAAGGUUGGAAUUUUGAGAGAGAAGUGUUGAAUGUACUUCUAAUAUUUCUUAGAAGGUUUUUGAAAUGAAAAUUACUUAUUUAACUGUUUGGUUAUUUUCCAAAACUCUUGUGAAAUUGCUAAGAUGCCAAUAUGAACCCAAAAUUUAAAUCCUUUUUUUUGUUUAACGUUUGCAAUCAAACACUAACCCUUUCACAUUCGAAAUGAAAAGAAAACACACAUUUCAGAGAGCUUUGGCAAGAUUUAAUAUUUUUCAUAUACAUGAAAAUUUAUAUUUUCAAAUCUAAAUUUUAUAAAUGUAAUUUGUGCUUAAAAGAUUUGUUGAGUUCUAGAUAAACACCACAGGGCGGAGUUAACAGGGUUACUAAUGCACACUUUUAAGAUACAGAUAGAACGAUUUCUCUCCAGACAGACAUGGACAUCUCAUAGGUUAAAGCCAGUCUCAGCCAAGAUAAGAUGUGCUUGUCUGCUUUGAUUGAAAGCGUUUCAUCUCACUACAGUGUGCAGGUGACAGGUGCCAAUACUACACAAACAGAUGUUAAUGUCUAGCCUGUCCUGACCUGUGUUUUCAUCUGAUUAAUUUUCACAGGAAUGUCAUCAGGAAUGUCAUCCUCUAUCACUCUUUAUAGAUAGGGGAAACGAAAGAUGAAUUAUAUGCUUUUGCAUUUCUACCAUUCAUUACAGUGAAGCUUGCACAGGGAGAAUUUCCUGGGAGAUUGUGCCCAAGCCCUAUUACUUCUGCACAGAUACAAAAGUAGAAAGUAAAUUAAGGUCCAUCAAGUACAAAAUGUUUAUAAGCAGCCCUAAUAAAUAUGUAACAUUUCCACAUAUACAGGAUUGCCAGUUCUAGGAAUCUGACUGGACGUUUCAGGGUUUUAGCCUAGUUUGCAGGAACUCUUGGGAAGGACUCAAAUUCUACGGUGAGAGGAGAGAACGAAGGGAACAGACUGAUUUCCACUUCGCUUUAGAAGUUUUGCCAUUUGCUCAACCCCGUCCUCGAGGCAGCAGGCGCAGUCAGGCUCUGCUUCCUGUCCCAACAGGUGUGGCACCUCUGCUGUCCCCAGGUAGCACCAGGCUCUGUCCCAUUUCCACUCUGCCCCUCCAUCCCCCUGAACUGCCAGGCACUUAACUCUCAGGCUCCCUGAGGCUCCAGUCUACCCAAAGGACAUCACUACACAGGAAUUACAUAGCUUUUCAAAUGUAGAUUUGGAACUAUUAAAUGUACCUAAGGCACAUGGAGGUGGGAAACUCUCAUCAGCUUGAUUGUCAUCUCCAGUUUUCUUAAAUUGCUCAAUAAACAAUUUCUGCUCCUUUAAGUUAUUAAUACAUACUGUUUGGCCUUUAAAGAACACAUCCAAUUUGAAAGGAAAUCCCAAGUGGUAACUACUCUCAGACGGAGUUGACAUGAUUUAAUAAUAUUUUUCUGGGGAAAGAUCUGACAGUGGGUGAUGAUUAAUUAAUCCUGGGGUCUGGUUUCGGCCAAUGGCUUAGCCUGGGCCAUCAGUCUUCUCCUAAUGUGUGCAUUUGCUGGGGAUAACUUUGUGGGAAAGCCUGGCUUAUCCCCAAGGAUCCUUUUUUGGGAACACACUCUUCCUAGAGAUGCCAGUAACACAGUCCAUCAAGAUGUUUCAGUCCUCAACACAGCAUUUCCAGUUCCCGGUCAGUUGUGAAGAAUGAGGGAGCCUGCAUAGCGGCUGCUUGGUGUGGGCCUGUUCUGCAUCUCUAGUCAUCUCUGAGGUUAUAAAAAGCCUGUUGACAUGCUUGACGGGCCACUCCAAUCUCUUGGAUUCUGAAAAGAGACCCCAGAGAGAUACCCUGUGCCAUGCAGUGAAACAAAUAAAGGCUUAAACAAACCUACUAUGUAAGCACACUCCUGAAAUAGUUAUACUUGGUUUCCAUGCAGUGUAAACAUAUAACGAUGGGUGAGAGCUGGCUUUUCCAGGGGUGGAGUGAGGACUUUUGCGAAUCAAUUGAUUUUUAUUCACCCCACCCCACCCUACCCCAAGCAAACAUUCAAAAAACCUUUUCAUCCUGAGAACAAGGGUUCUGUGUGGUGUUUUUGUGGAUGUUUCUCUGGAUGGGAGAUAAUAUACGGGGCCAAUUUCUCUCUAGAAUGGGAAAUAUUGACUGACAUGAUGAGGAAAAUGACUCAAAGUAAUCUCAUUGAAAUUAAAAGGACAAGUUAUUGCCUAACCUGGCCUUUUAAUUUCAGUGGGACUACUUUGAAUAAUUUUCCUCACAUCAGCCAGUAUCUCAAAAUGGAAAAUAUUGUCUUCCAGAUCUAAAAAUGGAAAAUAUGGUCUUAGAUAUGUUUUGUCUCUUGAAGGAGGCUCAGGGCUUUGGAGUCCUUUCUGAUGUCCAGUCUGCAUCAGAACAUGAUAUGGAUGGGGAGCCAAUCACACUGACUGUCCCUGUUCAUUAUUACAUUUCCCCCAUUGGCCUUGUAGAUCCUGGCCCAUCCUGAGUAGAAAGCAAUUUGAUUGGGACUGGAUUGUGUUGCAUUCAGAGUAACCUGGAGAAGUUUGGGUCAGUUGUUGACAAGUCAAAAAUCUCCUCUUUUCGGAAAUGGCCUGGAUUAGUUCAAACUAGGCUAGACAAAACAGGGCAGGUUCAACGUCUUGAGCAGCUUCAGCCUUUUGCUGUCUAGAAUUGAAGGGAAAUACGUAGGAAAGAAAGAGGGGCCCUGUCCAAUGUUUUGCAGAGUAGUUUCCACAGCUCCUGUGGGUCUUUCCCCUCACAAAAAGAAAGCAGUGAUUAGAACUGGAUCAAUGGUGGUUGGGUCCAGUCAGUCAUCUAAGGAUGGAACAGCAAUCCAAAUCUAAGAGAUCCCCUAUACAAGUGUUUCUCAAGGGCAUUGAAAGGUGUUUUGGGGAAGGUCUCUGAAGGGUUUGAUCAUCUGUCACCCUUCAAGUCCAGGAUAGCAAACAUGGGCUCUCUCAUUUUAUCUGUCUCCAUACCAACCACAUAAGGUAGGUUAGUUUGAGAGAUGGGGACUGACUAAGUGGGUUCCUGCAUUUAAAACCUAACCUUCUAUCUGUGACUCUUCACUACAUUGACUCUCACUUUGCAGCAUUUGUACCAAAAUGGUAGCCAUGCAUUCAGACUCAGUGUCCUGAACUUUAACUUGUAUUUUAACUUGUGAAACUGCUGGAAUAGCCUCAAGGCCAUUUGUUUUUGGAACUGCAGUCCAGGUGUGUCAGUUCCUCUAAAGAUCUAUGGCUGUCAAAGGUAAAGAAAGGAAUUGUGAAAUGUCCUGUGAGUUAAGUGCACACAAACUUGGAUAUUCGGCUCAGUGAAAAUACUCAGCACUUAGUCAUAUAGAAAUGUCAUUAGGUAAUUUGCUCUUUCUCUAUAGUGCCUGGAUUUUCUUUCAUAUAAUCCCAACCACAGGUUAGAAUUACCUUCUGGCUGGAGUGGGAGACAGAGUGAUGGGGAAGGGGGAGGUCCUGCUCCCCUCCCCAUUUCCUGUAGAGCCUGGACUCUCCUAUUGAACAUGUCUAUACUUUGUUGUGCCAGCAGUUAGGAGAAGAGAGCUGGUAGCAAGCCCGACUUGUCCACUUUGCUAAGCAGGGUCCACCCUGGUUGCAUAUGGAUGGGGGACUACAUGUACGAGCACUGUAAGGUUUCCCUCUUAGGAGAUGGAGCUGCUCUGGGAAGAGCAUCUGCAUGCUUGCAUGCAGGAGCUUCCCAGUUCCCUCCCUGGCAUGUCCAUGUUAGAGAGACUCCUGCCUGCAACCUUGGAGAAGCUGCAGACAGUCUGUGUAGACAAUACUGAGCUAGAUGGACCAAUGGUCUGAUGCGGUAUAUGGCAGCUUCCUAUGUUCCUGUCCAUUGGCUUGAUCUGGCUAAUAAUAAUCUUGGAAAAUCAUUUGCACAACAUAUUUGCUCCGUAGAGAGCAUGACACAUUUGGUAUCCAGACUGAGAUGUGAUUGGAACUGUUUAGCACUUAAUGCAGUCAGCUGAUGCCAGAACCUUCACACUUGCAUCCUGCAAGUACCCAGUUUAGGAGGAGCUUCUUUGAUUUGCUCUCAGUUGUGUCAUUCUUCAAUUCUGCUACAACAAAUUUAAUUUCAGUUUAGAGACACAUUUGAAAAAAUGUGCUAGUGAACCUAGUUUAUUGCAAACCACUUCAUACCAUGGAAAUUCUGUCAAACAUAAAACUUGCAGUAUUUCUAAUAAAGUGCAGGUGUGUAACAUACUCACACUCCACUGAAUUUUUCCAGCAUGGAAAUAAGCAGGGCGGGAAAUGAAGAAAUAUUGUUUAUUUUGGAGCCUGCUACAGAGAUAGUGAUAUUGUGACCAAUUUAUCCUACUUUUAUUAUUAAGUGAUACAUGUUAGUAGUACUGUAUUUAUGUUCAUUAUGUUUCUCCAUUAUUUCAUACAGGGGGAUGUUAUGUAAAUGUUAUGAGCAGAAUCCGCACAUGGGAAAUGUUAUGGGCAGAAUCUACUUAAAACUUCUCCUGCACAAGGCCCAUUAGAAUGACAUCUGUGCGAAUUGUGCUCUUCUGAGAAGUCAGUAUUCCUCUGGGGCCUGAGCAGGAGACAUUCUCAGUUGAUCUUGCCUUCUGAUUGUUUUGUCUGAGUUCCUAGGGUUAGUAUAUAUAUUAUAUAUAACAGAAUGCAGUAAUUGUGAUAUGAAUUGCACAUAGACUGCAUGGCUGCAAGUCAUGGACGCAAGAUGAGAAAAGUAUUUGCUCAGCAUUUUAUCCACUAUGAAAUAAAGUGUGUCUCACUGUU